CCCACUGCAUACACCUGUGGUCCGGAGUUUUUUUCAGACCCAGAUGGUGUAGCGGUGAAGUGCGCUCGUAAUGUACCCGUUCUGUUUCAGGGUCUGGGAAAUCUAUAUCUAUUCCGAGAAGCCGCUGAAGUUCAGCAUUUUGACAGAUAUUUAAACAGUGGUUACCGUCAAAUGACCGCACGCCAUCAUAUGUGCGUUGGAGAGAGGGAGUGCGAGGGAUUCUAUCAAAACACUUUCGGACAGCAACUCACAUUUCGUAAAGAAUUCUAUAGAGACGACGGCACACGAGAUCUUUCACAACAGCGAACCGCAUUUCUUCUCGCACGUUUCAGAAUCCACGGAAAGGAAAUGACGUUCGUGAAUCUGAAUCUCCAUUCGGUUCCAUUCGAAGAUGUGAAUGAAAUCGCUCAGCAACCGGAAGUUACGAAAGCGGCCCAAAAACGAGCCGAACAAAUCGAGAUUCUUCUCAAAGAGCUGGAAAACGAAGGAUUGCGCGAUGACGCCAUCAUCGUCGCCGGCGCAUUCAACGCACAGCUUCAUGAAACACAACUACUCACACACCUCGCAAGAACACAAAUGGUAAAGACUGUGGCAACAAAGGAUGAUUCCGGCAAGGUUGCAGCUAUUGAGCACUUCGACAGACACGGCAGGAACGUGACAACGGUUGAACGUCUCAGAUUUGAUCUUCAUUCGAUUCAUGACUGGUUCUUCCGAUUAGGAAGAGGACAAAUGGUCAAAAAAUACAACAGUGAAUUAGCCCCGGUCGUCUUCAAAGAUCAACUAAAAGAACAAAGUGUAUUCUUCCAGCCUUCUCGCCACUAUGAAAUCAAUGAGUCCGGCAAAGAAGAGUUCAUGCGCACACUUUGUCCAGCUUGGGCGGAUCGAAUUCUUUAUAACAAGAAAAUGGACACACUCUUCCGACACGAUUCCUUCUGUGCUUCUGGCCUGUAUUACGGCUUAGUUGGCGAAGAAGUCCACAUAGGACAACACAAACCAGUAGCUCUUCAUGCAACCAUAUGCCUCAAAUAA